UGCUCGGUGGCGGCGGCGGUCGCGCCUUGGUGUGUUUAAGAUUAGCGUUUUUCCAGGGCUACCGGAGUACCUACCUCCCCAUGCCGUGUGUCUCUCUGAGGUGAGUUCCUGGAGGGAUUCCUUCUGAAUCAAUCCCAGAUAGAGAAGUAAGCGAAGUAUCAAAGCCCAGGAUGACUGCAGCCCUGGAAACUGAGGAACAAAAAGGACUAAUGAAAAUUAAGAUGGAGGAUCAUUGCUGGGGGCUGGACUCCAUGUCACAAAGGCACAGUCUUCAAAGGAGGGAACUCUUCAGGCAGCAGUUCAGGAAGCUCUGCUAUCAGGAUGCACCUGGACCCCGUGAAGCUCUGACCCAGCUGUGGGAGCUUUGCUGCCAGUGGCUGAGGCCAGAGUGCCACACCAAGGAACAGAUUUUAGACCUGCUGGUGCUGGAACAGUUCCUGAGAAUUCUUCCUAGGGAAUUGCAAGCAUGGGUGCAGGCACACCAUCCAGAGACUGGAGAGGAGGCAGUGGUCAUGCUGGAGGAUUUGGAAAAAGAACUUGAUGAACCCUGGAAGCAGGUUCCAGCCAAUUCAGAGAGGCAAGACAUACUCUUGGACAGGUUGGCCCCCCUGGGAAUGCCGAAUGGGUUACUGACUGUCCAGUUCCAUCACAAGACAACUUUUAUGGGACAGGCAUCUGGGGAUCUACAAAGAAAUGGUGAUAAAACCAGGACUGCAAAUGAAGAGUUGUUCCAGAUGGAAGAUAUGAUUAAAGACGUGGAAUUCCUUGGGGAAUUAAAUAACAGACUUAACAAAGAUCAUCCUCAGCAUUGUGAAUCCAAAGAUGCUAUUGAAAACGCAGGCAGAUUAGAAUGGCAACAGAGGAAAAGAAGACGAUAUAAGUGUGAAGAAUGUGAGAAAAGUUUCAGUCAUAGCUCAGACCUUAGUAAGCAUAGACGAACUCACACUGGAGAGAAACCUUAUAAAUGUGAUGAGUGUGGCAAAACCUUUAUUCAACGUUCACAUCUUAUUGGACAUCACAGAGUACACAGUGGAGUGAAGCCCUAUAAAUGUAAAGAAUGUGGUAAAGAUUUCAGUGGGCGCACAGGUCUUAUUCAGCAUCAGAGAAUCCACACAGGUGAAAAACCAUAUGAAUGUGAUGAGUGUGGGAGGCCUUUCCGUGUAAGUUCAGCUCUCAUUAGACAUCAAAGAAUUCAUACAGCACAUUCGCCCUACUAACAUGGUAGAAGUAAUAGGUACUCAGGCCUAAUUAUUAUUAUUAUUUUGUAAGGACUUAUUUAUUUAUUCUGAAAGAGUUAUGGUGCAGGGUGGAGGGAGUUAGAUAUAGAUAGAUAGAUCGAUCGAUCGAUCCAGAUGACUACAAUGGCCAGUCCUGGGCCAGGCUGAAGACAAUAGCUUCAUUUAUGUCUCCUAUGUGGGUGGUAGGAGCCCAAACACUUGGGCCAUCUUCUGCUUUUCCCAGGACAAUAACAGAGAGGUGGAUCAGAAAUGGAGCAGCUGGGACUCAAACAGCACCCUGUGGGCUGGUGCUGUGGUGCAGUGGUUUACACCAUCUGCAGUGCCGACAUCUCAUAUGGGAUUUCUCUCUCUUGCUGUAACUCUUUCAAAAAAAUAAUUUUUAAAAAUUUAUUUUAUUUAUUCAAAAGAAUUACACUAGAGAGGAGAGAGAGGUCUUCUAUCUGAUGGUUCACUCCCCAGUUGGCUGCAACGGCUGGAGCUGUGCCAAUCCGAAGCCAGGAGCUUCUUUUGGAUCUCCCACGUGGGUGCUGGGGCCCAAGGACUUGGGCCAUCUUCUACUGCUUUCCCAGGUCACAGCAGAAAGCUGGAUCGGAAAUGGAGCAGCUGGGUCUUGAACCGGCACCUAUAUGGGAUGCUGGUGCUCCAGGCCAGGGUGUUAACCCUCUGCGCCACACUGCUGACCCCUCAAAUAAAUUUUAAAAAGUCUAAAAACCAACUUCUUAUGAGAUACAGGCAUCACAGGCGGCGGCUUUACUCACUAUGCCACAACACUGGCUCCACAGCAAAUUGCUUAUCAGAGAAUCUACCUAGAGGCCUUAUUGGUUUGCUGAAUGUAAACAGAGCUUCAAUUGUGAAAAAUUUCUCUGGCCCUCGAGACUCUUAAGGGAAAUAUCCUGUUAUUUCUAAAUUACUUUAGAGUUUGGGAAGAAUCAAGAGUUAUUUCAAAAGCGUUUCCACUGCACUACUCACUUGUAGUCCAAGAUCCAUAUUUCCUGGUUGAAAGUAUACCUCUCUUUUCUCUAGUUCCUAUUCAGUGUAUGACUUCAGGAAGGAAAUUAAUUUUGCCUUCAUUCUUCCUGUACAGUGUAGGUGAUAAUGGAGGCCACAAGCAGGUGUGUUUUGACAGGUUAAAAUAGAUUAAAACUGCUUUUGAAAUUAACUAAAAGAAUAUUAAUUAUUUUGUU